CAGUAAAAUGGAGUGACGAAACAUUUAUCGAACGAUUAAGGGUGACGAUUCCAAUUCGAAGUAAAAAUUCCAAUAUUUCUAAAAAAUGGUCUGUCCUGCAUAUGAAGAAUGCAGUCGCCCAUUACUUUGCCUCAUAGCGGGUCUAGCCGCACCCACAAUAAACUUCAUAAAAAGUCCUUAAUUUAAAGCGUAUAAAAAAAUAUAAAAUUUAUUAAUAUGGCGUCAUUACAAUAAAUUUUUCAACAAUACUUUCGAGUUGAAUUGUCGAGUUGCUAUUGUUGAGUGUAAUGUUUCGCUGCGCCGAAAAAGUUGUUUCGCGAAUUUCGAGAAAUAAAAUGAAGAAGAAAAGUAGGAGAGAAGAUUCUGAACCGAGUGUUCAGGAAAAUAAAGAUUGCUCAUUUCAGAAUGGCAAAGAUUCGCCUGCAACAAAAUGUGACUUCUCGAAUCUAGACGAGUCGCAGUUGCAAGCAAAUAAGCAGAAGAAAGGAAAGUUUAUGGGAUUUUUAACUAAUUUAUUCCAUAAAUUUUUGUUGUGUUGUUGCAUUUCAGGCGAGAUUUCUGGUUCCGAAACUUACGAACCGGAAAAGAAACUCGCAGAUUCAAAGCAAGAACACGACCGUUUCGAUAAAGCCAAAUAUUAUAUUGGCAAGUACAAAAUUACUAAAGAAAUUGGACGUGGAAGUUUUGGGACUAUUUAUUUGGCUAAGACCAAAUAUUCUAGAAAGAAAAAGGCUUUAAAAGUCGUAAAGAAGAAAGUCUCUUCUUCUAAUCAGUUUGGUGAAAUCCGGAGAGAAACAAUCGUUUGGAAUUGCGUGUCCGCCCAUCCAAACAUUGUCAGAUUGAUUCGAUUCCUGCAAACUGACACAGCCUAUUGCUUUGUCUCGGAUUUUGUCCAGGGAGAAACUUUGACCGAAUUUGUACAAAAGAAUGGCCCUAUACCGGAGAGAAAAGCAAAAGUGUUUGCCGCUCAAGUGGCCUCUGCUAUUAUGUAUAUUCAUAGUAAUGGAAUAAUACACCGAGACAUUAGUUCAAACAACGUUAUGUUAGAUGUGUACAAAGGUGCACAAGUAAUUGAUUUCGGUCUAUCCACAUACGAACAAAAUCCAAGAGAUUAUUGUGGAACUUUAUCAUUUAUGUGUCCGGAAAUUCUCCAGAGGAAGCCUUACGAUUCGUACUGUGACUGGUGGGCUUUCGCCAUCGUGUUAUUUCAAGCGUUGGUUGGAAGAACUCCUUUAGAGAUUUAUGUGAAAGAAGCUUUCGAUAUUGAUAACGUGUAUUUAUUGCCCCGGUACGACCGGAUAAGAGCUGCUCUAAAUGUGAAGGUGUCGUAUCCUCCUGGGUUAUCGGAUGAUGCCAGACAUUUUAUUUAUGACCUAUUGCAAAAGGACCCGUGCAGACGUCCUCUAGAAGUAAAUAUAAGAGAACACGAGUAUUUUCAUAAAGUGCCUUGGCCCAAAAUUACUUAGGGUUUUCGGCAGAAUAAACUGAAAAUGAAGUUCGGAUCUUUCUUGAAAUCAAUGUGGAAGCCGGUUAAGAGGUACGUAUUUCUAUGCUCAUUUAAUCAAAGUUCGAUUUAGCUGCGUCACUUUUUCGCCUCUCAAAUUAGCACUAAUUCGAGUGUGGCAGUAAACUAAAAUUCCUCAAAUAUCAACAUAUAGUAUUAAAAUCUACACAUAAAUUUGAGUUCAGAAGUUAUGUGAUUUGACGAGAAUCACAUAAUUUUCCCGUAUUCUUUGGCGCUGUUUGGAAUGCGGUAUAUCGAGAUUUGACGGUUUACUCUUCAUCCAAACAAGUGUUAUAUCCAAUUCAAUAAAGAUAUAAGUUAAAACUGAAAAACUAAAGAUUUUUCAACGGUAAACUAAAUUGAAAAUCUUACUGAUAAACUGAAUAGAAAUUUUACACUCUCACUUUAUAAAUACUAAAAUUUACACAGUCGAUGGUCCAGUUGUACAAACAACACAUAAUUAAAUUACGACAUGUACAAGACAAAACGUAGAAGCAGAUUAAUGCUAUUGCGAUGUUAUAUACGUAACUAGGCUUUUAGGGUCUCGGGCAUUACAUAUGUAUUAUUGUCGAUACUCUGUAUUGGUCCAAAUCUGAA